ACCUUAAAUAACUUUAUGUCUAGAAAAACUAUCCCAAAGCUCUAAAAAUAUAAGUUUAAAAAAGAAAAAGGGUCUUAUUUUGAUGUCUAAGGGGAAAAUGGCUGUUUAUUUACUCCUGAAAGUAAACUGACAAUUUUUACUUUCCCUACCCGAGUUAUAUUUCUCUGCCAAUCUGUUCCCAGCUGGAUGCCACAACACACGAGCCGCUGUGGUCACUAUUGCUGAACGUUCUCGAACUGUAAUUGUCCUUUGUAAGGUUUAUUUGUUUCUUUGCCGCCGGUUUGUCUUCUAGAAAAUAAUUUAGAUUUGAUACGCGUGAGCUGCGAGGGUAUACACGUGUCUGUUAGCAUACGACAUCGUUUUAUUUCGUGUUUUUAUUUUAUAAAAUUCAAAAACAUGGCGUCCGGUAGCGAUAGAGACAGACUUCCACAGUUUACUUCGUCGAAUUAUGAAAUCCCUUCGUGGCAAAUAGAGUGGAAUAAGCCUUGGUAUCAGCAGUUUGAAGAGAAAAGAAAUGUUCAAAGCAAGUACAAUUCUAGAGGACAUGCUCUGAACUGUAAGUGCUCGCUAUGCGAGGAAGAUAUGGAGACCGCAUUCAGCCCUGAACCGAGUGAUGUCACCCACCUUUUUAAACUAUCUAAAGACGAGAGAGAUCAAGAAGCAUUCCCAUCGAAGGAGAAGCAGGAAAACUCACAGAACCACACAAAAGAACGUGUUAUUUUAUUCUCGGAUUUACCGGAAGUGACACAACCAACGUCAACGGCCACCUCAAACGAAGGAAAUAGUGCGUCAUCAGGAGCAAGUUCAAACUCCUUUGGGGCGUUUGAAAGUUCUUCAGACGUUGAUACAGACGCCCUGUUUGACAGCAUUGGCUCUUUUUCUGCGAUUCAAUCGAUAUCGGGUCGCGUUUCAGACUUACAAACCCAAGUGAAACAAUUCUCAGGAGGCAAGGACAGUCGCGAGUUCAUAGUGCUAAGAGGCUUACUCGUCGCAACUUUAGCGGAACUGAACCGAAUCAACGCCGUUGGAAUACGAUGGCUUCAACAAGCAAAGAAUAUCGCUAUGGAAUCAAUCCACGAUCUUUUAACGCAAUUAAAGAGCAAAAUUAAAGAAGAAGACGACUUAUAACGCCUGAAUAUGCCAACUCGUGAAUGCGCGCACGCUUCGAAUACCUUGUUUUUAUCGCGUUAAUUAAUUUUGCGAUAACAUCUGUUUCACCUCAAAAACGGGUUCAAGAUCCUCGAGAAGUUUCGAAAACGUGAUGGCCAAAGCACGUGAAGCGUAACUUUCGCUUUUAACAACAUUAUGCAUAGCGGGAGGGCCAACGAGUUAUUAUUUAGGAGCACAAUGUGACAAAAGAUGGAACUCGUUGAUAUGGUCUAGUGUUCCCAUAUUUAUUCAACCUGUUUGACCCCAUCGCAGCUGUAUAAGUAGUGACGAUCUACAAGUGCUUUCCUCCCCGCCCCAACUUAAAUAUUGGUUUCGACGAAGAGUUUUGGGUAGUUCAUACAUGCUACUUAAAAUGUAAAGGACGAAUUUUCCAGAAAUUGUCUUCUGUCGCCACGAAGGGUACAUCUAACUGCAAUAUGUGCUGGCUCUGGCCAACAAGGUGGUGCAGUCUUCGAACUUACGUUCACGGAUUUCUGCGAAAUUGACGGAAAUCCGCGAGUGUUUCAACCUUAAUCACUUGUCAAAUGUGCCACCCUAAUCAGUAAAAUAUUACGAAGGGCCACAGUCUUCACUGCACUUGUUUCUAAAAUCUCAAAAUUGUAUGUUACGUGACCAUCGUCAGUUACGUAAUAAAUUUACAUGUAAGAUGUAUCAGAAGCAUGGGUUAUUUUAUAAGCAAGAAUAUUGUGUUUAAAUAUUUGGACUUCUAAGUUAUUUCUGAAAGGAAUUUUGUCUCCGAUAAGAAGGUUUAUACAAGGACACUGCUAUCUGCAUGGCAGGACUUGCUAAUAAAGUGGAUACCAACAAUUUGAAGAGAAACAAAUUGUCAAGUUUAUGCCAUUAGUUUCUACUUGCGUAAUAUAACGACAUAAAAUACAAAAGAAGGUUUCCCAAGUAAGCGUUAAUUAUAAUUAGAAGAAAAUGUUUCUAGAUAAAAAAUCAUGGAUGAGGAAUUUUUCUCAAUGAAUAGGGGGAUUUAACUGGAAUUUUUUAGAAUUUUUUAAUUUGAUUUCACUCUGUCAAAUUAAUAGGAUAGUAUAAUUUUUUCCAUUGUCAAAGCUCCACUAUAGCAUGGUAUAGGGUUUACUUGGCACAACUGUCAGUGGAGCUUGCUUUACAUUCCACAUAGUCUUUCAUGCAGGUUUGGUUUAUUUUUUCAAACAAACUCCUCUUGCUGAAAAUUCCCUUCUAUUAAAAGCUCAACCAUAUUC